AUGUCUGUCUAUUCGGCCCUCAUUUCAGCUCCCACGCCAGUAAAUAAAGGAGUCAAGAAACUGGAUCAUCCUGUUGGAAUCCGACCAGAACAUAUUGCCAAAGAUGAAACCCUACUAUAUCUCAAACCUAAAUAUGACCACCGCUCGCCCAAUGAAUACACCAUAAAGAACUACUGGGAUGACUCCACCGUAUUCACAAUCACCGGGCACAAAUACGGCGAUACUCCAGCUCGCGAAUUCCGCGAUUCAUCGGGUCUUCCGAUGUUCCACUCUCGCGCGACGUCACUCGCAUGGCGAAGACCGUUGCGCGUGCGAUUACCCGGCAAUGAGCAGGACGAACUGGUGGAUUUCAGAAUACAGUCGAACAAUGUGUGCAAACUUUCGUUUCGCAAUUCUAUGGCGCCUGAGAUUGAAGAUAAAAGCUAUAAUAUCGUUAAUGUCGAAGUGCGCGAUACGGACAAUGCCCUGUGUUCAGGCUGCUCGGCUACAGUGAAAGGCCAGAAAGUACUCGAUGUUCGUGAGAGCAUCACGAUGAACAAGACUUUGCCCAGGUGGCGGGUACAAGGUGAUGUCUCCUUGAUGCCUCGGCAGGUCCUUGAGGUACUUGUAGCUGAGGGGUUUGACAUGUCACUCGCUGCUCUGAUUGCUGUACACAUGGCGGAUACGAAAUUUAGCACAGCUCCUCCUCCUCGACGCUGA